UCGCCGGUCAGUGAGUGCGCGAACCGCGAACCGUCAAUGACGAUGGAAGACGCUGCGAAUCUGGCCGCUCGCCAGGGCAAGGGACGUUCGGCGUCCAUCUGUGCUCCGUCGUUCUCGAGCAUGGAGGCGGCUCUCGGAGGCGGUCCGGGCACACCGCCCCCGGACGGAGGCGGUGGAGGCGGCAGGAGGCGGAGACCGGCCACGCGGUCGCAGUCGGCGCGGUUGACGGGAACGGCAAAGUCGGUGCGACGGAGACUGCCGGUCGCAACGGCGGGACGGGAGGACAUCGGCGGAAGCAAUCAUAGCAUGCGUUCUGGGAGCAGCGAACCGCGGCUGCAUGAUGCUAUAGGACCAGAUUCUCCCAGUCCGGUUGGAUUCAGGCGGAAAGGAUCGGCAAGGAGAGUGAACUCAGUUUACCAAAGAAAGUCGACUGCGUUUUUGGACGUUCCUGAGGCACCCACAUCCAAUCUUCAGCCUGAGGAUGAGGACUCAUAUCGGCUACGUUCUUUCAGCUUCACAUCAAAAGGUGUUGUAAACAGAGGCGACUCGUUCCGGAGGCGGCGUUCUCGCAGCAACAGCGUGCUGCCCCCGGGGGGUCACGAGGGGGGCCCAACCGCCCCCGAGCCACCACCCCCCUUGUCACCAGUGCACUCCCCCGACUUCAGCUCCUAUCAGGUGGCCAUGCUGGGGGCGCAGGGGGUCGGCAAAACCGCCCUUGUCAGCCAAUUUAUGACUUCAGAGUGCAUCAAUGCCUAUGACAGACAGAGAGAUACACCUUCAGAGCAAGAGCAGUCAGUUUGCAUUAUGCUAAAUGGAGAAGAGUCGGAACUAAAGUUCAUCAACAUGGAGAAUAAAGCGGAGACUGACAAAACACUGAACUUGGCCGAUGCGUAUGUAGUGAUGUUCUCAGUGAUCGACAAGGCCAGCUUCCAGAAGGCAGAGCAGGAACUCAACAGACUCCUGGUCGGCGACUUCCUCAGAUCGAAGCCGGCCAUCUUGGUCGCCAAUAAGGUCGACUUGGUGCGCACCCGAGCCAUCUCAACGCAAGACGGCAAAUGCCUGGCGUGCACGUAUCGCGCCAAGUUCAUUGAGAUUUCGGUCGGCAUAAAUCACAACGUGGACGAACUGUUGGUCGGAAUUCUGACGCAGAUCCGCCUGAAACGGCAACAUGGCGACAAGGAGACGGGAGGCUCUCAUUGGUACAAAAACCGCGGCAUGGUCAGAGCCAGCAUGAAAGCACGCCAAAUGUUCACAUGGAUCUUCGGCAAGGAGGACUCCAAGUUCAAAAACUGCGAAAAUCUCCACGUUUUGUAACCAGUUUCUAUCUGAAUUUGUAACUGAUCAUUCAGUUUGUAACUAGGUGUUUAGUUCACAACCAAGAACUGUUGAUUAAUUAGGUAAACUUCUCAGUUUUCGUGAAAUCUUCAAGUUUUUUAACUAGUUUCCAUCUGAAUUUGUAACUGAUUAUCCACUUUGUAACUGGGUGUUCAGUUCACAACCAAGAACUGUUGAUUAAUUAGGUAAAUUUCUCAGUUUUCGUGAAAUCUUUAAGUUUUUCAACUAGUUUCCAUCCUAAGUUGUAACUGACUAUCCAGUUUGUAACUAGGUUUUUAAUUUACAGCCAAAACUGUUAAGGGACGUAGGUAAACUUUUCAGUUUUCGUGAAAUCUUCAAGUUUGUCAACUAGUUUCCAUCUUAAU